AUGUUGAACAACAUUGAAAUGUCGUGCUGUGUUUGGGUGGGAAAUCUUUUGGAAAUUUAUCUACUUGUUUUAACUAGGAACAUUUCCCAGGAAAUAUUUGAUUUCACAACAACCUCUGAUUGUAAUCGAAAAAGAAGUUUCAUUAACAUUUUCCCAAAGUUAGACGCCAUUGCUGAGCCUAUUCGAAGCAUCAAUUCCAACACUUAA